AUGAUGGGAGAUCAGUCAAUCCAAAAGAGCAUGUCGGUUCGCCGUGCUUCGUUGACUGCUCGAAGUUCUCGCCGCACUUCCUUUUGCAACUCUCCUUCUGCUUAUGUUCAAGCAAAGCGAUCGGCCAUUGAAUUCCAAAUUUUGGCACUGCAGGCAGAAGUGAAGGUGUUGGAUGACCUAAAUAGUAUGGACAAUGACUCUCCCUUGUUGCUCAAGAGUUUGUUUCAAAUGUUGGAUGAAGAAGUCACAGGGAAGGUCGAUGCUGGUGUUAUCAGUCUCGGAUUGGAGAGUGUAACUGGAGACUCGGCCUUUCAAGAGUCAAUGGAAUCUGCCGUCGAAGCCAUUGAAGAGUUGGGACGAGCUCCCGUCAUGUUGGAUCAAUCUCAGUUCUCCGAAUUGUGUGAGAAACUGACCAAGAUUAUCGGUUGCUCCACUCUGGAACUCGCCAAUAUUAUUGUCAUGGCCGUCUUGUUUGAAGAGCAGAGCAGCCUGAGUGCCGCCAUGAUGUCCAUGGAAAAAAUGGAAUCUGCCAAUAAGAAACAAGAGUUCCAAAAGGCCGCUCAUGACGAGCGCAUGAUGGAUCUGUACCGUCUCUUUGAUUUCACACGGGAUGGCAAGGUCUCAUUCAAGGAAGUCGUCUUUGGCCUAUACAAGUUGACGGAAGAUAUUGAUGGUGCUAGCAAGGCUGCCGUGGAUGCGCUUUUGGUCAUGGAGAAGGAAGACUUGCGAAGUCUGACCUUCGAACAAUUUGCUAAACUCAUCAUGAAUGUGGUGGCGGCUCACCCCAACCAUGUCAAGUUUGAAGACAUUGCCGAUAAGUUGACUCGUCUGGCGUCCAAUCAUGACUCAGUAUUGGACAUGGACUCCAUCCAGCACUUGUUCGCCAUGGACCGUACUCUGGAACGGGCAGUCCAAGACUUUUCCAAGGAAGAUUCAAAAGAAUCGGUGGAGGAAGCCAUUUCGAAAUUGAGCAGCGUCGAACGGCUCAAGGCCGCUCGUCUCUUUGACAUGUGGGAUUUGGAUUCCAAUGGUUUUGUGACCUUUCACGAGCUCGCUCUUGGACUGCGCAAGUUCCAAGAAACCACCAACUUACAGGAUUGCGUCUCCGAGACGAUCAAGAUUAUGGAAAACUUUGAUGCCGACUCGGAUCAGCAACUGAACCGUCAGGAGUUUUCUGCCUUUUUGGCCAAGUUUGCAUCCACACAGGGGUCUGCCUUUUUGGACAUGGUUGAUUUCAUGAUUGUCACCACGGCAUUGAAGGAAAACAAUGACAAGGAAAAGGCAUACAUUGAGUCCCUCUCUGCCGGCGAUAUCUACUACUGGGGAUGCUAA